UCCAUUCUUGGCUGGGCUGGCUGCCGCCGUGUGGCGAUGCAAAAUCGUCUCGGAAAUUUUACUUCCCGAUGACAUGGGACCCCCGCCUAUUACUCCGAUGAUCCAGAUCAUACGCUGCGGCCACGCCCGUCCUAGGCACGGUUAGGUUCAAUAUUUAUUAUUCGGAAGGAAAAUGGCGCGCCGAAAAUCGUCGGAAAAGUGCAACCAGCAACAGAAGCCGAGUACCCUGAAGCAAAAGAACAAGGCCAACAGCGACGAUGAGAAUUUCACGAGCUUCAAAGAUCAGCUCAAAGCUAUGGGGCUGACGCUGCGGGAAAUACAGGGUGAUGGGAACUGUCUAUUCCGUGCUCUCAAUGACCAACUCGAAGGCCAUACGAGGAACCACCUCAAGUACAGGUUCGAGACGGUACAAUACAUGAAGGAGCACAGGAACGACUUUGAGCCCUUCGUCGAGGACGACGUCCCUUUCGACCAGCAUUUACAUAACCUGGGUCAGCCUGGCACCUAUGCGGGCAACGAUGCCAUAGUUGCCUUUGCCAAGCUUCGUGAGCUUGUAAUUGUUAUACACCAGCUAAAUACUCCCCUGUGGCAGGUGAAGGGAACUGACAAGCCCAACGCCACGGAGCUCCACCUGUCCUACCACAAUGGCGACCACUACAACAGUGUCCGCAAAAUUGGCGACAAUACUCAGGGUCCCGCAUCAAUCCGAUUAGCUGCAGCAAGGGCCGACAAACAGCAGAAUUCAAGUAAGGAAGGGGCGGCGUCUGGUGAUGCGGCGGCACCGUUGGAAGAGCAGAUAAUGCGAGAGACCGGCAUCCAAGACCUGCAGUUGAUCAAGGAGGCCCUGCAAGAGAACGCCUUCAACAAAGUAGGAGCCAUCAGUCAACUCAUGACGCGUCGAGCCUCCCUUCCCAACAGGGACACAGAUGACUGUGAGGACGUUGAGUCAGCUUGGAAUGCUGACGGGCUGGAGCCUCUGAUAGUCAAUGAGGGUGCAGCAGCAGGAGCAUCGCCGAAGAACGGGGUUACGGAACCCGAAGAGGCCAAAACGAAAGCAGAAUCCACGCCUGGUCAAAAGAAACGGCUGUCAUCCAAGGCGAAAAAAGAGAUCAAAAAGCAAGAGCGCAAGCAGCGGAACAUCCAGCGCAAGAAAGGGGACAGCAACACCCUGAAGCUUCACAACGAACAGGAGGCCAAGGCGACUGACGUCAUUGUGGCGGACUUCAAGUACCUCACCAUCUGAACGCCGCGGAGCAAAAGAGACAGCUGCGACCACCUUGCGCUGAUGAGAUGAAGAAAAAAAAAAGCAAACAACAAAACCUAACACCAAAAGUGAACUGUACAGACAUUCCAUGUUGCGUGCCUUAACGACCGUUGAUGGGUUUCCGAGGCGAUGGCGUAGUUCCUGUUCCGAUUUCGAUGCCGAGACGAAGAAGUCUUCGGCUUCAUUAACUUAUUUAGAAUGAAAGUGGGUUGUGAGUGUCCUCCGCCUUGCAGGACAAGUGUGUAGGCACGUGUGAGCGUCUCGUGGAUGCUUCGCCUUUUUGACGGACUCUGGGGGCUGCGACAACGCUUUCUGUUGUUGUUUGGAAAGAGAGAGAGACUUUGCAUUUCGACUUUAGCGCCAAUCGACCCCUUCUCGUGGGCUCCCAUUUCCUAUCGUCGUCGUACAACGGAGCGCUCUAGUGUGUUCCAAAACUCUCUAUGUAUAAUUUAUUUAGAUGACCAAUGAAGCGCUGCUCCUGUGGAGAGCGCACAUAGAUGAUGUAAAGAUAUGAUGUUGGCUAUAAAGGAGAUGACCGUAUGUACAUGAUUGCUUUAUUUUUCUUCCCAUCAA